UCUCCUAUUGAUCACCGUAGAUUGCUUCCAAUCUCAUUUGGUGCUGUGUUCACAUGAGAGGAGCUUCCCAUUCAGAUCACACCGCAUAGUAAAAGGGAAUUAUUAUUGGUCUUGGGCUGGGAAACGAUGACAACCAGAUGCAUCCUGAUAUCAGGUGUCCACUUUGAGGCCCGGCGUGCUAAGGUAACCGGGACGGCUCGACAAGACUGACAGACGCAGGACAUCCCAGGACAACCAUGGACUGCCUGGCGACAGCGGCCACUCUGCUGUGUCUGCUGGGGGCUUGGGCGGCCAGUCAGCCCCCCAAGACAGUAUUCCUGGACAAGCAGCACGCCAGCGCCGUGAUCUCCCGUCAGAAGAGGGCAAAUGCAGGAAAUGAGGAGAACCUAAUGCCGGCAGACCUGCAAAGGGAGUGUCAGGAUGAGGUCUGCAGCUACGAGGAGGCCAGGGAGUUCUUCCAGGACUCCUAUCGCACGGAUAUCUUCUGGUCCGUCUAUAUCGAUGGGGACCAGUGUGCAGAGAAGCCUUGUAAGAAUGGAGCCUUGUGUUCGGACAGCGUGGGAGGAUACGACUGUGUCUGCAAGUCGGGUUUCACUGGGGUCCACUGUGAGACAGACAACACAGCGUGUCUUCUGAGUGAGACCGGUGGCUGCUCCCAGUUUUGUAAGCCGGGCUAUGUUUCCUACGAGUGCUCCUGUGCCCACGGCUGGAAGCUGGAUAACAAAGACAAGAACAAGUGUGUUUCAGCAGUGUCCUACCCCUGUGGUAAGGUGAACAGUCUGAGCCAGUGGGAGCGCAGACAGUCCACCCUUUCCAUCAUCAGUUUAAAUAAAAAUGUCCGCAGCAUACUCGAAUGCGACUCAACGAUGUGCCCCUGGCAGGCCAUCUUGAGGAGCGCUGUGUCAGAAGGUUUCUGUAGCGGAGUCAUUCUGAAGGAGAACCUGGUCCUGACCUCCGCUCAGUGUGCCAACAAAUACGGCUCCUUCCAAGUAGCUGUAGGCAAACGUCGUGUUUCCACCCACGAAGAUGGUCAACAGACGCUGGAUGUGAAGGUAAUCCACAUCCACCCACGCUACGCGGAGGACAAGCCCGAAAAUGACUUAGCUGUGAUUGAGCUGCACGGCCGUAUUGUCUUCAAGAAAACCGUCAUCGCCGCCUGCCUGCCCGAGCGGGACUUUGCCAUGAGUGUCCUGAUGACUGGGGAGUUACCUGCCGUGGUCACUGGCUGGAAGGAGCCCGGGGAGGGAGUGGAAGGCCAGGGUCCGCUCUCCUACAGCCGCCUUUCAUACAACACCCUGCCUGAGUGUAUAGAGAGGCAACCUGGCCUAGUCACUAACAAAAUGGGCUGCACUGCCCCUCAGACUGAUGCUGACUGCAGGAUGGGCUCCGGCAGUCCCCUGCUGACCCUCUACAGAGAGGUGUUUUAUCUGACUGGAGUGGUCAGCCAGCCGCCAGGGGCCAACUGCAGCCACGGCUACAUCUACCAGAAGGUCUCUCGCUUCAUGGACUGGCUCGAGCCAAUAUGGACUUAAGCUGCGAUUGUUGGCAAUGGAGGGAGUAGAGGGCAGGGUAGCAGCUGGGACGAAUGGUGUGACAAAAUCUGAGGGAGAGGGGGUUGCAUCUUAGGUCCAACGGUAUGAGAUGAGAGGAGGAAAAGAGUGCCCAGGGAGGACAGCUGGAGAGAAUCUAAACAACAGGGAAAAGGGUAUAUCAUUCUGUGUAUGCAGCUUGUUUAGUAGAAUUUGGUUUGUUGCAUGCAAACGUCUACUUUCCGCUUUUCUACAGAAUACUCACAAAUAUAUCGCCGUCCUUCCUGUGUCUGCUCUGCUGACCUCUCGCCGUCUACGCCUGCGUUUUUCCUCCCUUUAUCCACAAGGUGGCUCUCUGCCAUCAGGCUACACCAACGGAAAGGCAUUUCCCCCGCAGCGGGCCAGAGCAGCUAGCGGAUGUGUAAAUUAUCCUGUGUGCAUUUUGUGUUAGCAGCGUUUUAAUGUGUGCUGUCUGUCGUGAACCACUGUACUGCGCUGAUGAGCAGUGACUGUAGAGCGUCCCCGUAGGUCGCUGUUCCAGGACCGUAAUAAAUCCACUAACGCUGGA